AUGGAUUCCCCUAGUUCCUCGUCCAUCUCAAAUUAUUACUAUAGAGAGUUUUUAGCGGAUGACGGUGAGUCCACCGAUGAGGAGGUCGAGCAAGAGGCGGUUACGAGUGCUUGUCAACUAGCGGUGCGAUAUAUGGCGCAUUGUAGCCUUCCCAAACGUGAAAUUAAAACAAGGGAUUAUAUUGAACUAGACCGACGUGUGGCAAACGAUCGGUUGAUGAAAGAUUAUUUUGUUGAAGCGCCAACAUAUCUGAACCCAGAAGUUUUUAGGCGUCGUUUCCGGAUGAGUAAGCAUUUGUUUCUAUGCAUCGUUGAGGACCUUGAAAGCAACUUUGAUUAUUUUACACAAAAAGCGGAUGCGAAAGGGCAACUUGGAUUCACCGAUAUUCAAAAGUGUACGUCGGCGCUACGAGUCCUUGCUUAUGGAAACACGAGCGACAUCAACGACAAGUAUUUAAAAAUGGCUGAGAAAACAGCGCGAGACACCUUGAAGCAUUUUUGUUCACUACGGCUAUCAACCUGCAACAUGUAUUAA